CCUCCCUUUUCCUCGUGUCCCCUCCCCUCCCCUCCCCUCCCCUCCUCGAGCCCCUCGCUCCAAAUCCCAUCUCGCACCACCACCAACCUUCCCGAUCCAUUCCAGUGCCGCACGCCUCCGCACUGCCCGUCCCCGACACCACCCAUGACACGCAAGAGGCGCAAGCAGCACGCCGCCGCCGCCACCUAGGGUUCCGAUCCCCUCCGCAUGGACUCGCUGCCGCGGAAGCGCAAGGGCGGCGCGCGCGCCGCCUGCUCCCUGUCCGGAUCCCGCCACGACGCGCCUGCCGCCGCCCGCAACCGCAAGCGCACCUGCCGCGAGCCCAAGCCGCGGCCCGAGAAGAAGAAGCCCUCCGCCUCCGCCUCCGCCUCCGCCCGGGGCGGCGGCGUGGUGAUGACGGCGCCGCCCGCGAGCGGGUCGCGGGCGGCGCCCGACAGCCCCGGGCGCGGGCUCAAGCGCAAGCUGGGCUGCAUCGACUCCGCCACGCGGAUGGGGCGGAAGAAGCGGCUCGAGAGCGAGUACGAGCUCGGCGCCGAGAUCGGGCAGGGCAAGUUCGGCUCCGUCCGGAUCUGCCGCGCCAGGGCCGGCGGCGGCGGCGACGAGUUCGCCUGCAAGGCGCUGCCCAAGAACGGCGAGGAGACGGUGCACCGCGAGGUCGAGAUCAUGCAGCACCUCUCGGGCCACCCGGGCGUCGUCACGCUCAGGGCCGUCUUCGAGGACGCCGACAGGUUCUACCUCGUCAUGGAGCUCUGCGGCGGGGGCAGGCUGCUCGACGAGAUCGCCAGGGAGGGCAAGUUCUCUGAGCAGCGUGCUGCCAUUGUGAUCAAGGAUCUCAUGUCCGUGCUCAAGUACUGCCACGAGAUGGGUGUUGUGCACAGGGACAUUAAGCCGGAGAAUAUCUUGCUUACCAAGGCUGGGAAGGUGAAGCUUGCUGAUUUCGGACUCGCUGCACGGGUCACUAAUGGUCAGAAAUUGUUUGGUGUAGCAGGAAGCCCAGCAUAUGUGGCACCUGAAGUUCUUUCUGGAAGCUAUUCUGAGAAAGUUGAUAUUUGGGGUGCCGGUGUGCUACUUCAUGUACUACUACUUGGUUCUCUUCCAUUUCAAGGGGGCUCUCUGGAUGCCGUUUUUGAGUCCAUAAAGACUGUUGAACUUGAUUUUAGCAGCAGCCCAUGGAAAUCAAUAUCAGUUCUUGGGCGGGAUCUUAUUGGCCGAAUGUUGAAUCGAGAUGUCUCUUCUAGAAUGACUGCUGAUGAAGUUCUUGGUCACCCAUGGGUCGUGUUUUACACAGAAUGCCCCCUGAAGGUGGUAGCAGCUAAUUUGUGUCUCACUAACAAGAUUAUAGCACCCAAAAUUCCAUGGGACAGACACAAGCCAGAAUGUGACUCAUUGUCAGAUUCGAGCCGAAGGUCAGAAGAUCAGGAUGAAUGUGGCUUAGUUGACGCGCUGACAGCAGCAAUAACACGUGUUAGAAUAUCAGAGCCGAAGAGAAGUCGGCUCUGUAGCCCUGCAUUACCAUUCAGCAGGAAUGCUCUUCAAACUUGAAGAAUAAUCUUUGCACGGCUUUCUGACCUGACCCAAUGUAUAGCACCUGUGAUCAGAAUGGUGUCCAUUUUUCUGGCUGAGAUGGUUGUUCUGAUUUAGGUGUUGUAGAGCCGAGGAUAAUAACUCAGGUUUUCCGGCAAAGCAACAAGCCGUUGGUGUGUAGUGUUUCUUUCAGUGUCGAUGAACCCCACAGUUGUAGCUUCUGUAAAUUCUGUAAAUAGCAUGAUCAUUUCCCAAGCUGUGCAUGGGUUGUUAAUUUAUUACAUCAGAACCGUUUCACGCAAUGUUCAUAAUUCAUGAACGUAACGUGUAAGACCUGUCUUUAUUUGCCAUGCCCAUGAUCGUCUUCCAAAAUGAUAUUUGGCACACGCAUCAUGAAGGUGCCCCGAUGUGUAUGUGCUAAGCUUUGUACUGUUGUAAAUUGCAAGUCUUUCAGGCUUU